AUCACCAAUAUACCAUCAUCAUACCACCAUUAUACCACCAUCCUUGCCCGACCCACUAUCAAAACAGCCGAGACUUUGAAGCGGGGUUCACUUUCUCGAAGUAUUCCUGUAUCACGAACUCCAGCUUAGACCGCUUCCUGCAUGCUUCAAGCAACAGAACGGGAUCCUUUAAUCCAAUCAUCGUCUUCUUGGACUCACACGCACGAUGGACUUUUCACAGACGAACCUGAAAAGCUAGGACCACGAGAUAUAUCGAAGCCGACGAGAUAUGGUAUACUUGCGGGUAUAUGGGCUGCAACAUUUUUAUCUUGCGUGUAGAAUAUAUCCUAAUACUCGCAACCUUCUUCAUCUCACCUUCUACUAUUACAGCUACACUCGUUGCUACUCUUUUGCCCGGAAUUUCUUCAGAUUUUCAAAAAUCACAUCAAGCUAGUUGGCUUGGCACCGCGUAUCUGCUUGCGACAUGUACAUUUACACCUUUGUAUGGCCGACUAUGCAAUGUAAUGGGACGGCGAGGUGCCAAUCAAACUGCCGUUUUCUUUGCUGCAUUAGGUACUGCCGCCUGUGGUUUUUCCACGAGCAUGGAGACACUCAUCGCAGCGAGAUUCCUCGGCGGUAUAGGCGGAGGUGGCAUCAUGACUACUGCUACCAUCAUUACGAGUGAUAUGUAUAGUCUUCGGUCCCGAGGUCUAACUCAAGGUGUUGCUGCUGUCUUCAAUAGUGCUGGUAUGGGUUUAGGUGGUCCAUUAGGCGGGUGGAUUGCUGACCGGUACGGCUGGCGAUGGGCGUUUCUCAUCCAACUCCCUGUAUUCUUGAUUUCUUUCGCUCUCACUUCCAUUAAUCUUCACUAUGUCACCCCAGGAAAGGGCAAAAGCACGAAGGAUGUGCUCAAACGAAUUGAUUACGGCGGAAGCUUCACACUUCUGGGCGCAGUUCUAUCUUUCCUAAUCUUCUUGAGUACUCGCUUCAGUGAAGAAUACCCGUGGUCACAUAUAUCCGUGUAUCUCCCAUUCACAGCCUCCAUUAUAUUCUUCAUCGCAUUCGUCAUCGUGGAGCUCUAUCUGGCCCCAGAACCCGUGCUUGCGCCGUUCCUAUUGAAGAGGAAAAUACCAAUUUUCGUCGGCAUCAGCAACUUCUUGGUUGCAACGUGUAACUUCACUAUCAUGUACAACUUCCCAACUUGGUUUCAAACUGUGCUCUUAACGAGUGCCAGCGAGGCCGGUGCCCAUUUGAUCCCUAAUGGUAUAUCCAUCUCGCUGGGGUCAUUGUUUGCUGGCUGGGUAAUGCAUCGCACUGGGCGAUACAAGAUGCUUAACCUCAUUUUUGGACUAUUCCCGUUCGUUGCCACUAUCCUUAUCAGUCUGAUGCGCGAGGACUCGCCUCCAGCUCAGUUGUGGCUCAGCAUCCUACCCCUGGGCUUUGGAAAUGCUGUUGUGCUUCAGACAAUGCUCAUCGCCUUGCUUGCCCAUCUUCCUCAUUCCGCUAUGGCAGUUGGAACUGGGUUUUCUCAACUUUUCCGUGGCAUCGGACAAGUUGGAGGCGUUGCCAUUUCUGCUGCCCUAUUCCAGUCUAUGCUCAAUAAAGAACUACACAAACGCAUUCCAGGUGAAAAUGCCGAGGAGAUCAUCAGGAAAAUACGACAUUCCGCUACGCUCGUAGCAAACCUACCUCCCGAAUUACAACGACCUGCCAGAGACUCUUACGCCAUCAGUCUCCGUGCUGUGUUCAUCAUGGCUGCCGUGUCGACCUUCCUUGCAUACUUGGCACGUUUGCCUAUACCGGAUAAGUCGUUAGACAGUGCGCGACCCAGAAGUCUUUCUGUAGAGGGUAUCGGUCCAGAACCUGCGCCACAACCAAUCAAUCCACUGGAGGAAACUCAAGACGAUGAUGAGGACGAGGAAGAGGUUGAAGAAGUCGCAGUAUCCGAGGAAGAGGAAGAAAGUGUCCUGCCGACUCGACCCGCGAUCCCGGUGAGGAGGCCUCGACGAAUGUCCACGUAUGAAUCCUCGGACGGCAUUUUGGAUCUUGAAAGUGGAGGAUCUGCCAGACCGAAAUCACAUUUUGGUUCUCUGUCUAAGUAAUACCCCUUGGUAGCUUCUAGCCUCUUUGUAUAUACCAACGAAGGCGCGACCGAAAGAACGGAUCAUGAUAGAGUAACAUUUCGGAAGUACAAGAAAGGUCUUUAUAUGUAUAUUGUGUCCAUUUGAAGUCCCUUUUUGUAAGAAAAAAUGCAUGCCAUGGCCUGAUUUCAUGGUCUUCAUCAAAGGCAAAAAAAUCAGAAGGCCUGAGUUAACAUUUUC